GGGCCGAGCCUGGGCAGCCGGACGCCUUUUUGGAUACUGCCAGGACCUCGGACGGCGAAGGCGAGCAAAACCUCUCCAGUCUCCAGCGGCGUUGGCGCGGACCCCAAGCGCCUCUUUCUCCAGCCUUCUCCGCUUUUCGAGCCCUUUCCCUGACGGCAUGUGGGGCUGGGGGAGCUCCUGGUCCGCGCUGGCCGGACUGCUGGCCUCUUGGCUCCUGCUGGCAGGAUCUAGUUUGGGGUCCAGAUGGAAAGGUCCAAAAUUAAAUAUUACAGGAACACAACAUGUCAUACAGGAAGGGGACUCUUUAAACAUCAUGUGCAGCGGGGAAGUGGUCCAUUCAUGGUCUCUGCCUGAAAGUCUCACUAAGGACAGCAAACGGGUGGAUAUAAUUACCAGUACUUGUGGAAGGAACGGAAAGCAGUUCUGCAGCAGCCUGACCUUGAACAGGGCCCAGCCCGGCGACACUGGAUAUUAUAGCUGCAAAUACCCAUCCUCAAGUGCUCUGAGAAAGAAGACAGUGUCAAAAAUAUAUGUAUUUAUCAAUGGUACACACAACCCAUUUGUAAAGAUGCACAAGGAUGUACCAGAAACAAUACUCAUGAUGGAUGGGCAAGAACUUAUCAUCCCAUGCAGAGUUACAGCACCAGAUAUCCGUGUUAAAUUAAAAAUGAACCAAGGGGAAAGCAUCAUGCCUGAUGGGAAGACAAUAAUCUGGGAUAGCACCAAGGGAUUUGUAAUACCAAAUGCAACAUACAAGUUCAUAGGCCUUCUCGCCUGUGAAACCAAUGUUGAUGGGCAUGACUAUAGCACCAAUUAUCUCACAUUCAGGCAGGCCAACGAAAUCCUCAGUGUCCAGUUGAAUGCCUCAAGGCCAGUCAAGUUGUUAAAAGGACACAACCUUGUCCUUAACUGCACUAUCACUGCAGCCUGGAACACAAGAGUUCAGAUCACAUGGAAAUAUCCUGGUGAGGCAAGCAAAAGAGGCACUAUUGCCAGAAGUAUUGUACAAAGAAGUGAUGAACCCAACUUGUUUUAUAGUAUUCUUGUUAUUGAUAAAGUCCGUGAUAUUGAUAAAGGACAAUACACUUGCAAUGUAAAGAGCGGCCCAUCUCUGAAAUCAGUUAAUACUACUGUUCAUAUUUAUGAUAAAGCAUUUAUCACUUUGAAACCUCGAAGAAAAAAUGUGCUGGAAGUGCUAUCUGGCAAGAAGUCCUAUCGACUUUCUAUCAAAGUGAAAGCAUUCCCUACACCAGAGGUUAUAUGGUUGAAAGAUGGGCUGCCUGCUGCUGAAAUGUGUGCUCGGUAUAAAAUUAAAGGCUAUUCACUCAUCAUAAAACAUGUUUCUGAAGAAGAUGCGGGAAACUACACUAUAUUGCUGAACACGUCACCAUGGAAUUUGCAUAAAAACCUAACAGUUUCACUAAGAAUAAAUGUGAAACCUCAUAUUUAUGAAAAGGUCUCAUCAAUAUCUGGUCCUAAUCUCUAUAAAGUGGGAACUGAGCAAAUUCUAACAUGCAUUGUUUAUGGCAUUCCUCAACCUACCUUCCAGUGGAUCUGGCAUCCCUGUCAACAGAAUCACUCCUUGGCAAGGCAUGACUUUUGCUCCAAUCCAGAGAGAUCUUUCAUCUUGAAAUCUGGAAGCUCUACAGGAAACAAAAUCAAAAGCAUCACACAAAGAACAGCAAUAAUUGAGGGGAAGAAUAAGACUGCCAGCAUAUUGACUGUGGCCGAAUCUAGGUCCUCUGGAAGCUACAGCUGCAUAGCUUCCAACAAAGUGGGAAGUGAUGAAAGAAGCAUCAGUUAUUUUGUAACAGAUGUGCCAAAUGGAUUUCAUAUUAACUUAAAGAAAACACCAGUGGAAGGAGAAACACUUGCGUUGUCCUGCUUAGCCAACAAACUUCUCUACAAAGACAUUGCCUGGAUAUUGCCAAGGACAGUCAAUCAGACAAGAAUAAAAAAGCCAGCCGUUAAGGAUUACUCCAUUGACCUCACACUCAUAAUCAAGAAUGUUACGCUUGAACACUCAGGGACCUAUGCCUGCCGAGCAAGGAACAUAUUCACUGGAGAAGAUGUGGUUCAAGAGAAAGACGUUACAGUCAGAGCUCAGGAAGCUCCAUACCUUCUCCGGAACCUCACUGACCAGGUGAUCAAUACCAGCCACUCUGUUAGCCUGGAGUGUCAUGUUUACGGUGUGCCCGAGCCCCAGAUAUCCUGGUACAAAAACAACAAACAGAUACUCCAAGAGCCAGGUAUAAUUCUGGGUCCAGGAAAUCAAAGUCUAUUGAUUGAAAGAGUGCAAGAAGAUGAUGCUGGCCAAUACCAGUGUGUAGCUAGUAACCUGAAAGGGACGGUGGAAAGUUCAGCCUACGUCACCAUUCAAGGGAUUUCAGAGAGCUCAAACCUGGAGCUAAUAACAUUGACCUGUACCUGUGUGGCUGCAACACUCUUCUGGCUUCUAUUAACACUCUUCAUACGUAAGCUAAAAAGGCCUUCUCCUGCUGAAAUAAAGACAGAUUAUUUAUCAAUCAUAAUGGAUCCUGAAGAAGUCCCCCUAGACGAACAAUGCGAACGACUUCCUUAUGAGGCCAGCAAAUGGGAAUUUGCCCGGGAAAGACUUAAACUGGGAAAGACACUUGGGCGAGGCGCUUUUGGGAAAGUAGUACAAGCAGCUGCUUUUGGAAUCAAAAAAUCCCCCACAUACAAAGUUGUUGCUGUGAAAAUGUUGAAAGAAGGGGCCACUGCCAAUGAGUAUAAAGCUCUCAUGACUGAGCUGAAGAUCCUGAUACAUAUCGGCCAUCAUCUCAAUGUUGUGAAUUUGCUGGGAGCUUGCACAAAAAGUGGAGGUCCAUUAAUGGUGAUAGUUGAGUAUUGCAAAUAUGGAAAUCUAUCAAGCUACCUGAAGAGCAAAAGAGAUUUCUUUGUUACUAACAAGGACACAUCCAUUCAAGAAGAGCUGAUAGCAGAGGAGAAGGAAGCUGAACCAACUGGCAGUAGGAAAAAAAGAUUGGAGAGCAUCCCAAGUCACGAGAGUUUAGCAAGCUCUGGGUUUCAGGAAGAUAAAAGUUUAAGUGACGUGGAGGAGGAAGAGGAGGACUCUGGUGAUUUUUACAAGAGGCCUCUCACCAUGGAAGAUCUGAUGUCCUACAGUUUUCAAGUCGCCAGAGGUAUGGAGUUCUUGUCAUCUCAAAAGUGCAUCCAUCGAGACUUAGCAGCCAGAAAUGUACUUUUAUCUGAAAACAAUGUUGUGAAGAUCUGUGAUUUUGGCCUUGCAAGAGAUAUUUAUAAGAACCCUGAUUAUGUGAGAAAAGGCGAUGCCCGUCUCCCUCUCAAAUGGAUGGCACCAGAAUCAAUAUUUGAUAAAAUCUAUAGUACCAGAAGUGAUGUUUGGUCAUAUGGGGUGCUCCUAUGGGAAAUAUUUUCCUUAGGUGCAUCUCCAUAUCCAGGUGUUCAAAUAGAUGAAGACUUUUUCAACAAAUUAAAAGAAGGCAUAAGAAUGAAGGCCCCAGAUUUUGCAACCUCAGAAAUCUACCAGAUCAUGCUGGACUGUUGGCAAGGAGAUCCAAAUGAAAGGCCAAGGUUCUCAGAGCUGGUGGAGAGAUUAGGAAACCUUCUUCAAGCAAAUGUGCAACAGGAUGGCAAAGACUACAUCCCCUUGAAUAAUAUUUUGUCAGUGGACUCUGGAUUUGACUGUUCACCUCUGAUUUCUCCUAAUCCUCAUGGGAUGGAAAGUGAUUCAGUGACAGUUUUGAAUUAUACUGUUUCUGAAAAUAAUGGAAGACACAUUAAUGCCUUCAGAAUGAAGCCACCACAGAGGGUCAAGACCUUUGAGGAACUUUCACCCAAGGACAAAUUUGAACACGAAGAUUGCCAAGUUGACAGCGGAAUCGCACUGCCUUCAGAAGAGCCGAAACGUUUUACAUGGACUGGAAGCAAACAAAAGCAUCUUUUCUUUGGCCUCCACUCUGCCAAGAGGAGCAAGGAAUCUCUCCUUUCCAACAUCACCAAACGAGACUUCUACAGUUUCAGUUGCGGUCACAUCAGUGAUGUGACCCAGCCCUUUACACGUGACAGCAUAACAUUGGGAGAAAAGCAUGGUUUCCCUCCACCCAACUAUAAUUCUGUGGUUCGGUAUUCAACUCCCCCUGUUUAGCAAAGGACUUUUUAAUUAUUCAAGCAGCUGUUCCUCUUACCUGUCAUUUAAAUAUUGCACUGUGCUUCCUGCUGAUGCUUAUUGAUGCAAUACUACCUAUGUACAGCAUUAUAUUCUAUGAAGUGCCAUACAUGAACACUUCCACAUAGUGCUUCUACUGUGGUAUUAACUCCCCAACCAACAGUGAAAACUUGAUAAAGAAAAGAUGCCGGCUGAGGUGGAAGAGCAGUGUUUCCUCACUAUGAAAUGCCCUAUUGUACAUUUUUGUGCUAGUCUCGAGCAACACAAUGGUGAGGAAGUUGAAUUAACUGAACUAGAAAGCUGCUUCCAGUGUAGUCUAGCCAGUUCCCAGCUGAAACUUUGUAUCUCUAUUAUGUGCACAGUUGAGUACUUGUGUAUACAUUCUCUCAAAAACAAUUUUUAAACAAAAUGCUAAAAGCCAUUCUGGCAAUGUUUUGAUUAUAUCAGUCAAGGUGGAAGAAAAAUGCAAAACUGGCAGAAGGUAAUUCUGCCAAUCAGACUCAAACAUGGACAUUUUUUCUAUCUGACUUUCUGGAGAAUAGCCAUGCAAAUGAAGUCGAACAGGGUGCUAUUUUACAACUAGAGCGAUGGCUAGAACCUAUUACUAUCACUAGGUGGCGGCAAUAAGAGAAAAUGAUGCAUCUAUGAAGAAGUGAAGAUAUUUGGGAACUGGGCUCUCCAGAAUUAACAAAUUGUGGCCAGGGUCCUGCAACUCAUACUUAUGUGUGUGGCUUGUGCAUUCCUAAGUGUGGGACGCAGAACACUAUUUGCUUUCAAAUGCACUCUCCAAAAACCUUCACUGCCUAGCAGCUGUCAAAGGGCCCUUACUGCAGUCUCUUACCAAUAGGAAUGGGAGGAAAACAACUCAGACUAUGAAGAUAUGGCUGCCCCAAAUUCUGAAGAGAGGGAAAAGCAACUGAAAUGAGGGUGUAUGCUCAAACUGAGAGCACCCUCAUUCUCCCUUCUUGAGCUGAGACCAAUUGCUUUUCCAUGGUUUCAACCACCUCCUUUCAAUAAAUAAUAGGGAGCCUUCCUAGGGCUUGGCAGUUGUUGGAUACUAGGCAGGUGAGUAGGAAAUACAGGCAGAUGCAGGAUCAUGGCCUUUGUUUACUUUUUUGCCACUAUUGUGCAUACCUGCUAAAACUGUAGUGUGCCAAAAGAAUUCUGGUUUUUGUUUACAGCACUGAAGCAGAUCCUUAAAAGAAACACAAGAAUUGGGCUGUUGCUGAAGCCAUGAAAAGACUCAGAGCUCUGUCCUAUCUCAGUGUAGUACCAGCAACCCAGUAUGCCAUAGCACUAGCACUGGCAAAGCCAUAGCGUGUCACUGAAAUGGGGGAAAAGGAAAAUGUGGGCCUAUCUGUCAGUGAGCAACAUCUACAGAAAGUGUCCCAAAGCCAUUCUAUCAGCAGUCUUCCACAGACACCACAAUGCAGGUCUCACACUGUUGUGGUAUUACAUUUGACCCUAUGGUGGAACACAGCGUUCUAAGAAUGUCAGUAUCCACAUACACACACUUCUUGUCUUCAUGAUAAAAGGCAAAUAUGAAAAGUUGGAUGCAACAAUUAAAAUUUCUAAACCACAAGUUGGCAUCUGAGCAGAGUUGCCUUGGAUCAUCAAUAUCUUGCAUAGCUCUUUAUAGCCGACUACACAGUCUAUAUGCUGCUUCAGAGUCACAGCACUAUUUGUUGAUGCUUUACUCAGUGCACUUCAUUUUAUUGUUGUUGUUUAACCUUGCGAGACUUCAGAAUUCUUUAUCUCUGUCCUAUUAUAUUUUCCUUUUAUGUUCCAAUUCCAAGUGACAGCACAGUAAUUCAUAAUAAAUUGUGGCGGCUAGUCUUUGGUGAAACCAAUGUGUCCUGUUGCAACUAUACAUGUGAAUUGGAAGGCCAGUUAAGCUAUGUCUAAUAUACUGCUGAAUCUAAUAUUAUUGCUGCUAUUUACAACUAUAACAUUUAUUUAGUGCAAAGAGCAUUUAUGCUAAAAUGUGGAGAGAUUAUCAGUGAACCAUUCUUUCCGUUCAUAAAUAAACCAUCAAGAAAUUUAGGUAACAAUAAGUACUUGAUAAAGCAAUGUAACUUUUAAGUAGUAAACAGGUCCCAUUGUUUUCUGGGACUUCAUCAUAACAAAUGUAAAUUGCAACCAAAGUUCAAUAGAUUUAUGAUAUAAAUGCAUACCUGCAAAUCUGGUAUAAGUGCCACUGAUCUUGGUACAUACUUCUGAACAGAAAUGUGUAGCAUUACACUCUCAAAAGAGCUUUUCAGUACAAAAACAUUUUAAACUCCCACUUCUAAAACCCAAAGGAAUGCAAUCUUUGUGCACCCUCUUAAAAGAGUACAGUACCAAACAUCUUUUGACACAGAGUUCAUUUAUUAGCUAUUGAGGAGAUGAAGGGGAGUGUUAGUGUCAUCUUCAAAUAGGAUACUAAUAGCUGUAAAUAGAAUAUUUAAAAUUAAAAUUGCUUUAAUAAACUCACUGGAAUUUUUUUUUCUUUUAAGUGAAUUUUGCUAUGGUAAGUGUAUGUAAAUAAACUCAUACUUAUGCUUAAAACUUUUAAAUCUAUUUUCACAUGUAUUUUCUAAAUUUUCAUAAUAAAACUGAUUUUUAAGCUUUG